ACGGUGCAAGAGGAUUUUUAGGAUUUGCUGGGACACUGUGACUUGCAUAGGCAGUCCAAGUUCGAACGUACCGCAGAGCUGAACGGGUUCGGGGUGAUCCCACUGGUUGCGUUGCAUUUUUCCACGCAGGAAGAGAGUAGUAGAGUCAUAGUGCCUUUCGAUCCGGAACAGUGAGACAGGGGCAAGUUUGACUACAAAAAUCACAUACAUAGCAGAACGUGACAACCAGCAGCAAGGAAAAUGUUCCGUCGAACUUUGACCGUGUCGUACUCUCCAUUUCGGAACAACUACGUAACACUUCCGGACAACUACCAUCGGAUGCUGUCGAGCUACAAAAACGGCUGUUUGAGCAUAACGCACGGUAUCGAUAGCUUCUUCAUGUCUUGGUCCCCGUUCGGCGGAGGGGGCUAUCAGGAUAAUCGCAUCGGAAUCAAUGCACAGGUGGCCACCGCCAUGGGGCUGAAGGAGGGCGACGCCGUGAUGGUGGCCAUGAUAAUUGAGGCGCGAUCUUUGAAGACCGUCGAAGUGACAACGACUACCGAGAAGGACUGGGAUAUGCUGCAAGUGAGCAGCAGUCGCAUUCAGUCGAUCCUUCUGGACCAAACGAGGAUUGUUACCAAGGGCCAGAAUCUAGUCGUGUGGAUCAACGAUUCCAUUAGCCUCAAGCUAAAAAUUAAAUUUACAAUUCCACCCCUGCCGUACGGGCGACUGGAAAACGACACCGAACUGGUAGUGGAACCGUACAAGAAACCCAUUCUAAAAAAGGAUCCUCCAGGUCUUCCGGGUGCACUCACCCGUAGCAACACUAACAUGAAUAUUGCGGAGCUCGUUAGGAUGCGAAAUGAACAGCGAACCAAAACUAACAACACGGAAAAUGGAGACACCUUGAUAAGUUCUGCUGGAUUGAUCAGCUCUCCGCCGAUAGCCACGGAUUCACUUAAGAAACGACCCACAACGUGGCACAAGAACAAUUCUCUUGAAAAUGGCAAAGAGAACCACCAAAAGGACAAGGACAAGGGCAAAGAAAAUGGCAUUUUAAAGCGCAGUUCCACACACGGCAAUGGGGUGCUGGCCAGCGCUCAGACAGCCGUUCGAAACUCGCUGUUUGAAAACGAUCUCGAUAGGCAUUUGAACAAACUGCAGACGAGCAAAUCAAUGGCAAACAACCUAGCGGAGGAAAAACCAAAACCCUCGAAGACCCCCAACCACAAACACAAGGGACAAUACCUAGAUGAACUGGUGGCGACCUUAACGAGAGAGUCCCCCAAGAUCUACGAAUUCCGCGUGAUCCGCGGCGUCUGGAACUGUCGGCGAAACAAUUCGCAAAUUUGCGACAUCUACAUCACCAAGGAGAACAUCCCCGCGGGGAUGGACAUCAAUCUCCCAUUCCUGCUGGCCACCAACGACGAUCGGGAGUACUUUGUGAACGUCCGACUAUCGUCCGAUGGAGAACGAUUCCCGAAAAAUGCCUACCCAACGGUUGAGAUCAAUGAUAAACUGAUGGAACAGCUAGAAAUCAAUCCCGGCGAAAAAGUCACCCUCCGGGCCAAGCAGAACGCCCUGAACAUUGUGGACAUGAUUGAGUUGAUUCCAGCGGCCAAGAUCACAUCCAAAAUAGAAAGUGAUAUCGUGGAAAAGUUCAAAGAGUUUGUCCUGUUCAAUUCGAAAGUGCACCCGGUGCUGUUGAACCAGGGACAGGUAUUCAAACUGCCCGAGUACUAUCUGACCGUGAAGUUGCAACCGGCGAACCUGAAAUAUUGCCUGGUGAAUGCGGUCAUACUGAGGCAGAGUAAAAUCCUCUGCUCGGGGGAGGUGAAAUCUUUGAACGGUGUGGUGCCGGCGGAGGAGGAUGAGAAGAAAAAAGGUGGCGAUUCGGGUGGUGGAGAGCAGAAACAGGUGAAGAUUGCCAAGUUUCAGGAGAUCGCCGACGAGUGUGUAGAUCAGUUGAAGUUAAAGUUGUGCCUGGACGAGAGGAGCACGGUUCGGAAGACCUACAAUGUGAUCGUUUCUGGCUCCAACCAAAGUGGCAAAAAGACCAUUUGCCAAACGGUGCUGAGUCGUCUCGGUGAAGCACCGUACCACUGCUUCACGACCACCUUCCACUGUUCGAAGCACAAGGGCCGCAAGCCGGAUUCCAUACAGAAGGACCUUCGCCAUGCCUUCUACAUGUGCAUGUUCCACAGUCCGGCGGUGCUGUACUUAGAAGGUUUGGAUGUUCUGACGCACAACUCCGGCGAUCAGAACACCCAGGAUGCCGAGUACCACAAUAAGGUGUCGGACGUAGUCCGGAAGCAAAUCGAAGAGUUUACCAGCGGCAAUGCGAUCUCGGUCAUCGCAUCGAUCAGCAGCGUGGCCAACCUGAACCGAAGGCUGUACUCGUCGCGGGGCUCCCACCUGUUCCAUCACCUCCGAAAGGUGCCAAAUCUCGAUAAGACUGAUAGGGAAAUUGUGAUCAAAAGUCUGUUUGUAAAUAAACGCUGCAAGCUGGAGAAGAAGAUAAACUGGAAGAAGCUGGCCAACUCGACGGAGGGCUACUCGGUGGGUAGCCUGGUACAGAUGGUGGAUCGAGCGGUGUUUUAUGCGUUUAAGAAGAAUUCCAAAUCUCCCCUGGUGACGGAUGCCAUGAUCGAUAGUGCCUUGGAUGUUACCAACGAGUACUGUCUGCAGGGAAUUGAAAAUCACAAGCGUGCCGACGAGCUGGACGAUGACGAUGACGUUCGGGGUGAUCAGGUUCCGGGGCUGGAGAAUGCAAUCGACGUAUUCCAGGAGGUGCUGAUGUGGCCAACCAAGUUUCCGAAAAUUUUCGACCGCUCACCGCUGCGGAAUCAGGCCGGAAUACUGCUGUUUGGUCCCCCAGGCACCGGGAAGACUUAUUUAGUUUCCAAGCUGGCGAAAACGUGGAAUCUGCGGAUGAUAUCCGUCAAGGGUCCAGAGCUGUUGGCAAAGUACAUCGGCCAGAGUGAGGAGAACGUGCGGAAUCUGUUCGAUCGAGCUAGAAGUGCCAAACCGUGUGUGUUGUUCUUCGACGAAUUUGAUAGUUUAGCACCACGACGAGGGCAUGACUCGACUGGAGUUACGGACCGGGUGGUAAAUCAGUUGCUCACCGAGCUGGACGGUGUGGAAGGUCUUCAGGGGGUGACGGUGAUUGGAGCGACCUCAAGACCCGAACUACUUGACCCAGCGUUGCUGCGAUCGGGAAGAAUCGAUCGAUUGGUAGAGUGCAGUCUUCCGGAUGAGAAAUCCCGCUUGCAGAUCUUUAAAAACCAAAGUCGCUCGUUAGACCUGGCUGCCGAUGUUCAACUCGCAUACUAUGCCAAAAAAUCCAACAGCUACACCGGAGCGGACAUUCAAUCCAUCCUAACGACCGCAAACAUGCUUGCCGUUCAGGAGUGUCUCACCAGUGCCGUGGAUGACGAGCAUGUUCCGGACAAGAUAACGAUUAGCCAGCGACAGCUACUGGAGGCCUUUGCCAGCACCCGCCCAUCGCUCAGCCCACAGGAUGUGCAAAAGUACAAGGACACAUAUGCUCGAUUCACAAACAAAGAACCCCCGUCGAGGGAUUUUGUUGCGAAACGGGCCACCUUGGCUUAAUUUGUGCUUCUUCCAAAUGCAAAUGGUCCUUUGUUGGUUUUCGGUGUUUUUUCGUUAUUACUUACGCAUACCACGUGCAUACCCAUUUUAUGGUUUGGGAAUGAGGCAAGCAGGGAAUGAGGUUUUUUUUUUUUUUAUAAAAG